AUCCGAUUACAGCUGAUCUGAAGACCUGUGGCUAAUCAAACCAAACAUGUUGCUUCUGCGCCUCCCAUUUUCAAACGUGAAACUCCGAUUCCCACAGAGCACAUCCACCAUUUACCAUCCGAUAGCAGCUAAUCUGGCUAAUCUAACCAAACCUUCCAUUUUCGAUUGUUUUCGGUCAUCAUUGUUUACGAUUUCGUAGUGAAUGUUUCAAUUUCCACUAUCAAGAAGAAGAACUUAGAGUUGCGCAUAAAGUAUCGCAUAAAAAAAUUUGUCAAAUUUGGAUGGAAAUUGGAAAAUUUUCGAAACGGCAAAACCUUAUCCGUUCAACAGACGGUAGAUGGUGGAUGGAUCUCUGUGGGAAGAUGCUAUAAGGGUUUCACUAUUCGAAACAUUGUAUUCCUUGUAGUGUGACCGAAGUCAACCGAAAUAAAUGUAACAUGGUCUUACUGUCAAGCAGCUGGGUUUUUUAACAAACGGGAAACAAAUCAAUUGAAGCAAUUUAAAAAAGACUAGUCUGCUGAUGCAAAAAGAAAUUUUUGGAUGAGCAAACAAAAAGUGGUACUUGUGUGUGUGCUCCCACUAUAUAUUCCUUAAAUUGUAUAGCCUUAAACUAAACAUUUUAGGCCAUUUUUACUAUUUUUAAGUUCACAAUGGCCUUAAAACUAAAUUUUUAAGCAAUGUAGUCCAUGUGUCCUUAAAUCUAGGAAGUUUUUUCUGAGUGUAGUACUCAGAAUGGCUAAGAAGCUUACUUGUCGAAAUAUCUUAUUCUUUGUAGUGUAAGUAAGGUUUUUAAAGUUCAUAGCAUGGUUUUAUUGUCAAUCAGCUGGGUUUGUUGACAAACAGGAAGCAAACCAAUUGGAGCCAUUCAUAAAAGUCAAGUCUGCUGUCGUAUAAAUAGUUAUAUUAAAAAUUAACGGCUUUUUUUAUUUAUGUAUAUAAGUAGAUUAAAGCUUUCUCCUCUUCUCGCCAUCCGCAGUCUAGCUCCGCUCCGACUCCCAGUAUCCCAACAUGGUCCUUGAAGGAUUGGGUGCCGGAUUGGGAACGGGGUUGUUCCGCUGAUGCUGCAGAAAGUCGUCCAGCAACCUGGCAAUGACUGAUAAUGGGUCAUCCAGCUGUCCUUUAGCGUUCGUCCAUCAUUUUUCUCUAUGUAGAAGCGGCGCGACCUCUGGCUCCGCAUUAGCUGCCAAGUAGCUGGUGGUGGUGGAGUCCAGCGAUUCCCCAAUAAAAAGCUCGUCGGAGAUCGCAUUACUGGUGGUUAUGCUUAAAAGAUACUUAUUUUAGUACAGAAGAACUUACUUUCUUUGCGAGGAAACGUCCGUCAGGAUAUUUAUGCUCCUUCCCAAUGGGCUUCUCGAUUGUAUUAUCUCUUUGCCCAGAUUUUCCCUGUUGUGGUAUUGCUUCCAGUGAGUUAAGACCCAUAAUAAUGGGGAACAGCCUGGAUUAGCCGUAGAACAGACCCGACGAAAGGCGCUAGCCGCCUAUGGUAAGGUCGUGGCUUUCGUCGAUGUGAAUUCUAGGCGCACUAUGGCGGGUCGAGUUGUAUGGGUUCAAAUCUAUGGACAAUUCUAAGCAACAUUGCCAAAAAAAACUAUGAGCCGGUUUCUCGAGUGCCGGCUAACAUUUCUCGAACAGAAAAAGUCCCUGCUAAGCGGUUUUGGAUUUCUCGAGCCCCAAUAUGUGAGCUUAAUUUGACAAGGACUCAGACUCCCUGUUAAGUUUUUUUCGACUCGAUAAAAUGAUAGCUGUUUUCACAAAGCCUAAUAAGAUCAAAUUAUAUAAUCUGGAACAUAAACAACAUAUAAAAAGUUGAUGCAAUAAUCAAAGCAAGCCUUGUGUUUUUGCUUAACAGCUUAAAUUCGUGAUGAACAGCACUCUGUAAUUGUUUCUCGUUCAGAUAAUUUAAAGGCGUCGAGAAAGCCGAUUUGCUCUUACGACCACUUUUUCUGGUCAUUAAGUCUUUCAUACAAAUAGCUAUCAGGGACUUUGACAGGGCUCGAGAAACCGGCCCUAUGUCUUGAAAAUCACGUUUGACCAUCCACAUUUUCAAGGAAAAAACAAGGAAGAAUGCUAUAAUCGAGUACAUUGACUAUCAGAUACCUGUUAUUCAGCGAGCGUGGCAUACUCGCGUGACAAACUUGCGCUGCGUACAAGGCUACGAAAUCUAAAUCUAAAAUCCUUUUUCUCCAUAUUCGAUGGUUUCGGAGAUAUCUGCGUUCAUACUUACGAUUUUUUUAAGUUUGUGUGCGUGUUACGAGCUGCUUAUUUUCGGUGGCUGUGCCGCUAGCUCAGUCUUAUCUCAGGGGCAGGGUACUCCUAAUGCCACAGCUCGCAACAUAAAUAUCGACAACUCCGGUGUCUCACAUCACUAAUCUAUCGGGCAUCACUAAGGACAAAAACGUAAGCAAAGCCAAGCGCUCCCAACCAACCAUGGAUGCCCUCAAGAUGCUGCAGGGCACCACCCAUUCUCGGUCGGCAGGAGCCCCUCCUCGCGACUACGACGGUUCCAUCUCCCCCACUGGGAAAGCUUACUCACACAUUGUGGGUUUUACAAAUGUUUAAUGAAUAUGCCUUUAAGACCGAAGCCUGGCCGCCGUCUUCAAUAUAUACGCGGUCAAAGCAGAGGAUUUGUUUUGCUGGAAAGAGGGUACAGGCGCUGCGGAAAGUUAUGCUCUACCAGUCACUUAUUGGUGUCGGGUCAGCUAAUCCUGAGGAGCUCCAGGGGAAAAGAAGGGACAGGCCAAAAAGGCAAACAACGAGGACAAAUAAGGCUCUCGGGUCUGACUCCGGAUAAAUUCACAAACAUGGAACCACUUUUGGGACGAGCCUGGAGGGCGAUUAUAGCCCGACUGAAGACUUCUCGCCGGAGGUCAGCGGCAGCACGGGUCUCAUCAAAGGAAAACUGCCGCACUAUGGUGAGUUGCGCAAGGGCAGUCUGAGGUUCGGCUGCCAGAUAAAAUGGCGGUACUUCUCAACGCCGCGAUGCGACGGCUGGAAGUUCCCGAGAUGAGGUAGACGUGGUAGACCGGAACGGACUCACCGGGAAAUGCUUGAUGUCGUUGGCGUCGACUGCGAAAGGCGUUUAUGGCUGGUCGUCUGUGCGGGUCGAACGCGCAGAUAUCAUUGGAACUCCCAAAUAAAUA